AUGAGACUCGUCAGCGAUAAAGAUCAAGAAGACGCAAGCAACUAUGCCAUGAAGGGCUUUGCCGUUGGUGCAGCACAAUGGGCUGGUGUUGGUCUCUUUGCUUCGGCACUCGCAUACUCGUUCUUCCCUUGGUACCGACGCACACAAACUGUUAACAAGUUCUAUAUCGUCAUGUGUUUUGGCUUGGGUGGUGGUGCUUACAAGUCGGAUCGAUACAUGGUCAACUUUGAGCGACGUGGACGUGCACAGAUGCUGGAUGAAACCACACGACAGCGAUAUGAGAUUAUUUAUGGUGGCAAAAAGGACGAGAACUUACCCGCACCAGCAGCAGAGCAGGAGGCAAAGCAAUAA